UUCCAUAUGAGAGGCUCAAUGUAUUCUGGCCUGUCAAGUUGGCAGCUCUAAAAAUAAUCAGUUGGUCAGCUAGGUUCCCGUAUCAAGUUUGCUUGCUUUCUCUGUGAACAAAAAGACCGGGGCAGCUGUUGUUGCACAGGGGUUCGGGACCGUAACGACACUGGCAACCGUUUCGCCCCCUUUUCCUGUGCUUCUGACUGCGGUGCAAGGAUGGGUGAGCCGAAGGUGGAAGUGACUGAAUUGAUAGAGGACACAGGACCAGAGGUCAAGCAGCAGCCGGGGAACAAGAAUGGGAAGAAGUCCGAUGGAGCUGGGUCCACCUCCUUCUUCACCUGGUUCAUGGUGUUGGCUCUCCUCGGUGUCUGGACCUCCGUAGCAGUGGUCUACUUUGACCUGGUUGACUAUCAGGGUGUCAUUGCCAAGGCAAAGGAUUUGCACCAUAAUCUUUCAGAGGUUUUGAAAGGCAAACUUGUAUCCUACGAUGCUGACGGUGAUGGUGACUUUGAUGUGGAGGACGCCAAAGUGCUGCUAGAUGAACCAGGAAACAUAGCCAAGAAACAAGGCAAACAAGGAUUGAAAGAUAGACUUACUGCUGUGGUGGAGCCAGCUAAGGAAGAAGCACCCGCUGCACCUGUGGAACAAGAGCCAGAGCCCGUUGAGGAAGAGGAGGAGCCCGCCGAAGAGGAGGCAGUUCCUCUUCCAGAUGAGCCAGAAGUUUUGGAGGAGCCUGAGCCAGAGGAUGUAGAGGUGCCAGAAGUUGUGGAAGAGGAGGCUGAGGAGUUAGAAGAGGAGCCUGAAAUUACUGAAGAUGAGGUAGAUGUUCCAGAGGAGGAACCCGUGGUCCUGGAGGAGGAACAAGAGCUUGCAGAAGAGGAGCUGGAAGUAGAGGCUGCUCCUGAAGUGGAGGCUGAGGCUGUCACCACAGAAGAAGUUGUUGAGGAGCCAGUGGAGGAACCAGUUGCAGAGGAAGCUGUUGAAGAACCUGAGGAUGCACCCAUUGAAGAUGCUGUCCUUGAAGAGGAAGCUGCCUUGGUAGGGGAUGCUUCUCCAGAGGAAGAGGCUGUUGCAGUAGAGGAGGAGGCUGUCGCAGAAGAGGAAGAGGCUGUCGCAGUAGAGGAAGAGGCUGUCGCAGUAGAGGAAGAGGCUGUCGCAGUAGAAGAAGAGGCUGUCGCAGAAGUGGAAGAGGCCGCCGCAGAAGUGGAAGAGUCUUCUCCUGAGGAAGAGGCUGUCGCAGUAGAGGAAGAGGCUGUCGCAGAAGUGGAAGAGGCUGUCGCAGAAGUGGAAGAGGCUUCUCCUGAGGAAGAGGCUGUCGCAGUAGAGGAAGAGGCUGUCGCAGAAGUGGAAGAGGCUGUCGCAGAAGUGGAAGAGGCUGUCGCAGUAGAGGAAGAGGCUGCUCCUGAGGAAGAGGCUGUCGCAGUAGAGGAAGAGGCUGUUCCUGAGGAAGAGGCUGUCGCAGAAGUGGAAGAGGCUGUCGCAGUAGAGGAAGAGGCUGCUCCUGAGGAAGAGGCUGUCGCAGAAGUGGAAGAGGCUGUCGCAGUAGAGGAAGAGGCUGCUGAGGAGGCAGCACCUGUAGAAGAUGACGUCGAAGAGCUUUCUGAAGAAGAGGCAGAGGCCGACCAAGCAGAGGACACAAUAGAAGAUAUGGCACAAGAGGAAGCCUUGGUGCAAGAAUCUGAAUCUACAGAGGAACCAGAGGAGGAGAUGACCGAUGAAGUAGAAGAGGAUGGCACAGAGGAUGUGAUGGAGGAGUUUGAGCAGCCAGAGGAACAGAUUGAAGAGGAGCCCUCAGAAACGUAAAGCUGGGGUUCCUGCUGGGGGGCGGAGGCGUGAGGACCUGUCCACAUCACAUUCCACUCGACCUGAGCAGAGUAUCCCCCACCACCACCACCAACACAACAAGAGGAAACUAGUGCUGUUCCAUGUUCUCUGAGAAAUCAUUUCUAUACUGUUUUAGGGGGUGGCGUUUGUUUAUUGGAUACUUCACAAUUCUUUGAGGGUUUUUUUUUGUUUUUAUUUCAUUAGUUUUCUUUGGUUUUGUUUAGUUUGCUGUAGAAAUAUCCUAACAUCUUUUUUUCCAAGGAACUUUCACCAAUACUGUAGUUAAGCAACAUUCCCUUCAGACAGUUUUUUCGUAUUUUUGAUGAUAGAUAGUUUUUCUGUUUUCUUUCCUGUGUAUACGGCAGAGGUACAUGUUGCUUUGCUCUUUCUGUUCUUCACAUUAUCACCCAAACAGAGAUCAGCAGUUCAAAUUGUAAACUGAGCUGAGUCUCGCUUUGGAAUGUUAAACCAAGGUUUGUCCGUUUAAUGUGAAGCUACUAUGCAAAGCUGCACUGAUCUUCAGCAGUGAUGUUUUUGUAUUACCAGUAUGUACUGAGUCUACACUUCAUGUUGAUGCAUAUCAAAGGCAUGUCUAUGCUGGCAGGUAAACUUGGAUAUUUCUUCAGGUUUUCUGUGUAUGAGGGUGUAUGUACUGGUUUGUGUACAAGAGUGUAAGCAUAAUAUUUUGCUGAACAAUCAUUUCUGAGGCAUAAGUGUGUGUAUGUGUGUGCGUGUGUGUAUGUAUGGGUUGGAGAGUAAGAGACCCCCUUUUUUUCUGUGAUUUGAGUCUCAUUUUUCACCACCCCCUAGAUCGAUCCUUCUUAAGUCUUUUUCAAUUCUGGUUGUUUGAUGUACAUACUGAAAAAAACUGAACACGGCUAUUUCUUGUUGAAUGUGCUCUUUCUCAUGCUAAGCUAUUACAUUGGCUAUCAAAGAGCCCGUUAUCUGUUUGUUACCUCUCUAUCUGUUCUCACUCAGUUGACCUUUUAUCUCUCGUGACAUGUUGAAUAUACCACUGCUCUGACUUAGGGUGAGGAUGGAUAUAGAGACUCAGCUGUACCUCUUACACAGUGGGCCUGUUCAAGGCGAUGCUUUUGAGCUUCUGAGCCACAGACUUGACUACCCCAGCUGUGUGAGUUUGAGCCAAACUCUGUGUGAGGGAGAGAGAGAUGUGGUUCUCAUGGGACGUCUGCAUGGUCAAGGGCAUAUGUUGAAGCUGACCGUUUAAAUGAGCUACCUAGGUUUGCAUUCAGGAGUGAGCGUCUGUGUACGAUCAAUGUCCCCAUCUUGUGUAAACUAUCCAACAGUAAGGCCGUGAGGUGAUGCCAUGAAUGUGCUGACUAGACCAUGUCCCUCUCGAUUGUGUUUGUGGGAAACUCCCUCAGUGUACAGCAGAGUGUUGAAUUCAUUUGUCUUGUGUAUGUUAGUUUUUGGUAGUGCAUGUUUGCUUUCCUGAAAGAAAAAUGUAAUACAAGACCUCCACAAAGAGAUGCUGUAAAGAUGUAGAAGAGAAUGUCAGCUCAGUCGCUCUCAAAUCGCUACAAAAGUAGAAAUCCACUUAUGUGUUCUGUUUUUUUUUUUUUAAAGUUUUCAGCAUCAGGUGUGUUUAAGGUCACACCGGGCUGCUUGGAGAGACUAAUGUUAUAUUGACCUAAAACAUUUUUUUUUAGAAAAAAGCUCAUUUGGUUAGUCUCUACGCCGGCCACUGAAGUGUGUUUGCUGUGGUUUCACUUGUGAUCUCCCCUCAUGGGUUAGCGUUCUGUGUCCAUUGGGUUUGGAUGGGGCCUGCCAGAAUACAUGUUGUCUGUGCGAUAGACUUUAGGAACUACUGCAUUGCAAAAUCUCUUCCAAGGAAUUAAACAGUUGAUUUCAUAACAGAAGACAAGAUUUUAACAAUUUUUAGGAAUUUUCAGUUUUUCUAUUGCAAUAGAAUCUUUUCUAUUCAACACUUUUAAAAGUCUGUGAAUUUUUAACGGGGUGUUUCAUUUUACAUACGACAAAGAAAGAUGGGUCUGUUUUAGAUUUUUAAACUUGAGGAAAACAUUUUCCAUUUAAUUGUAUAAAAAAAGUGUUAAUUUUUCAAAGCCAUAUGUGAAAAGGUGGUGUUUAGCAGCGGAGAAUGGAUGAUGCUACAAGGGAAACCCAUUACACAACUAGCAAUAACAUAGUCUCCCGCGGACGUAAUCUUUAUUGCAGCCAUAUUUGAACAGGAGUCUUACUCAAUAAGCUCCCCAUUUCCCUGUGUCAGAGGUUUACAUAGAAUCCUGCUGUAUAGGCUGACCAAUUUUAAGUUAUUGUGAAUUUUACACAUUUGUCACAAUUGUAAAUUUCUGUUUAAGUACUGCAAUAAAGGUUUGGGACAACAGUG